CAGGGAUUUAACGACACCAUCAACAUUAGUCUUCUAUGUCUGUCGGUGUCAGACUUGGGAAGUCUGCUGUUGCUAAUCGUCCAGGGGAUAUUUCUGAGUCCUCUCUUCGUCGACUCGGACAUACCGAUAGCUGGAGAGGAAGUGCACUUCUUAUUUGGAGGUAAGGCAACGUAUUGUCGGAGCUUAAAUAAGGAUAUUUCUGUUCUUGCGAAUUAUGAUAAGAUAAGGUAAGAUAAGAUGAUAAGAUAAGAUACGAUUAUUAAUAGAACCAAAAAAACAAAAAAAAAGAAAGGAAAUGUUUUUUGUUUUUUUUUAUUACACGCUACGUAUUAAUUGUAUGCACAUAAAUAUGUACAUAUUUGUAACCAAGACAUUAUAUUACAAUUAUAACAAUUUAAACACAAGACACCUAAGGUAUUCCUCUAGCAUAGAAUUCGGCCCUCAUUGAACAACCUUUAGCGCCAAUAAUGACUGAAUUGGGGAUCAUUUAGAUUGAGUAAACGCCACGGGAGCACGCUGGUAAAUUGGCAUAGGCCGGUGCAGCGACAGAAUUUUUAAAUCUUUCGGUAUUAACUGUAAGAGAAAGAAUCCAAAUAGCACUGGUCUAAUGGGACCCGGGUCCGAAUAGCGGUGAUGCGUUUCAGGUUCCAUUUUGACUAAAGGCGCUUCGGAUGUCAUUUGUGGUAGUUUAUUUUAGUUAAACUUAAGAGGUAAGUUUACAAACAUAUAGUCCAUUCAAUUAUCUUUCAUUUGAUACCAAAAGUCUUACAAACCCUACAAUAAUUUUGAAAUAUUUUUUUAAUAAACCCAAAUUCUCACGUCUCGGACCCGGGUCCGAAUAGCCGCAGCCUACUUGUAAUAUAGUUAACGUAGAAUAUACUUAUAAUAAAGCUUUAACAUACUAUAAUAUACUUAUAUUUUUCUAAAAUAUGGAAUUGAUGACAACUUUUCUAAAUUUUUCGCACCAAUUUUUAAAUACAUAUCAUUUUCCAGCAAUCCCCCAUGGGAUGUGCGUGCGGUACGCCUGGUGGAUCACCACGUUCAUCACCUUCGAGAGGUGCCUGUGCAUCGCCAUGCCGCUCAGGAUCAGACGCAUCGUCACCCCGGCGACCACGGUGGCCGUCAUGGCCCUCAUCGUGCUGGUCAACUCCGCGGGCAUGUCCCUGCUCUUCGCCAGCUACACACUGGACCGGAGGUUCUCAGAGGCGAGGAACGGAACGCUCUUGGGACUGGGCUACCCAAGCUACUGCGCGGUCCUCAUCUACGUCAACUCCCAGUUCAACACGGUCACUCAGUUCCUCGCGUUCUUCAUCAACAUCAUCUGCGCGGCGGUCAUCUCGGCGAUGCUGAAGAAAAAAUCGAGAUGGCGUCUGAAAACGUCCAACGUGCCUCGGGCCGGUUCCGGCGGUGAGCUGAGCACCAGAGACAAGAAGCUGGUCAAGAUGGUGGCGCUGAUAUCGUUCAUAUUUAUCAUCUGUCUGAUGCCGAGCUGCUUCAACUUCAUGAUGGAGUUUUUCUACGGGCACGUUUACAGCUUUUCGGGCCCGGAGAGAAAUCUUUACUACAUUGUUUGGUCCUGGAUGCUGACGCUAGAGGCUUUCAACAGUUCGGUCAACAUCUUUGUGUAUUACAGCAUGAGCAGUAAAUUU